AUCUUACUCCAGUUUCGGUUCAAACACUGUAGCCUUCACCAUGGUUGCAGAGAAGGAACCCAACGAGUCUCGACCUCGAAGACGAAUUCGUCAAUCUUGGUCGGUGGCUGCAGCAACAUACGUUGGUUGCUGCUUCACUGACAUGGAACCUGACAGGGAUCUCCGUCGGCGUAGGGACGUGGUGCACGUCGCGAGAGAUGGACCUCUAUCGACACUUGCCAAUUCAGGGCCGUUUAGGGCAGCAAGUGCAAGCCCUAGUGGCCUCAAUUCGUCUCCUACACGGACACGAAGCUUUGCAUUUGGCCUGUCGUGGCUUAUACCCAGCUUUGCACGACGGACGGCCAAACAUGCUGAGCCCGCAGCAUUGGAGAGCUGUCCACCACCUGUUCUUUACAAUCAGCGUUGGGUUCAACUGGCAUUCCUAGCUUUGCUCGCGUUGCUGAGCGACUUGGUGUGCUUCAGCGUGGCUGCGACGCCGGCAACGUGGACCAAGGUCUUCGGGCAGGACCCAGCGUCCCUCAUAGAUAUAUUUCUUUUCACAAAUGUGUUUGCAUGCUUCCUUGAGCCUUUUGUCAUUCGCAAUUUUGGUCUCCGGACUCCAAUUGUCGGUGCAGCUGUGCUCAUGGCUUUGGGCUGCUGGUUACGUUCUGGUGUGCCAUUUAUGGGUGAGGAGCUUCCAGGAUACAGCACAGUCGUCAUAGGCACCAUGCUGGUUGCAGUGGCGCAGCCUUUCUUCCAGUGCACGCCUCCGCUGCUUUCAGCCACAUGGUUUGCUCCCGAUGAACGGGCCCUGUCCACAGCCGUGGCUAUCAAUUUCAACCAGGUGGGAAUUGCUACUGCCUUCCUGGCUGGUGGUGCUUUUGGUGGCUCUGAAGCUGGGCUGAAGGACUAUUUUGUAAUCAUUACCAUUGCCUCAACGGUGGUCGCUGCGGCGUCUUUGCUCUUUUUUCAGGAAAAGCCACCCACUCCACCGUCUGCCUCGGAGUUAGAAAAGCUUCUGGCGGAAAAGCAAAGUGGUGCAUUGAAGGAAGGGCAAAGCUAUGCUGGGGACGAGGACAGCCAAAAUAAGACCGUGCCAUCAGAGACGUUCCUAGAUGAGGCCAGACGGCUACUUGCCACGCCCGGCUUUGUGCCACCAUUGCUGGCCUUCGUGACUUCUAUCGCUGUCACCAACGUGGUGGGUGCCUUCAUGGACUUGAAGCUCCAGCGGGUUGGCUUCAGUGACCAGAUGGAGGUCGACUUGGCUGGUGCUGGCUUUGAAGUGGCCAUAGUGAUUGGUGGCAUCAUCCUCGGAGGGCUGGUGGACAGGAACAAGCAAUACAAGUCGGUGACUUUGUGGUGCUUGGCUGCUACGCUAGUGGGAGUUCUUCUGCUUGGCUUGGAAUUUCUGCCAAGGAGCGCAGCGCUGAUAGCCCUGCUGGCGAUUGGAAGCUUUGCAGGGCCGGUGCAGCCCAUCAAUGCUGAGUUGGCAGUGGAGGUGACCUAUCCUUGUGACGAGAACGCCAUUGAGGCAGUCCAGCAGCUCUGCGGGAAUCUGGUCUCUGCUCUUCUCGUACCAAUUUGUGAGUGGGCCGCAGAGAACAAGCUCACCAUACCAGGCGUUGAUGCCUAUCUGCGUGGCGAUACCUUGCUACUACUGGCCAUCCUGGUUGUAGUUUCAGUGUAUUUCUCCACUUUCGACGCACCACUGCGACGAACCGAAGUGGAUCAGGGGAAUUGCGUCACUGACGACGGUGAAACGCCGGUCCUUCGGCCUCGUGCAGAGUCCGAGAGAUCCGGCUGAGAGGAGUUAUAGAACGGGCUCGUGACAUGAUUCAGAUGGAAUUUUAAUUCGGAUAUUUUCGACGACCACGCUCAGAGCUCUGAGCUCGUCCAGUUCCUUGCAAUGCGUUGAAACCGGUUGAUCCACCUCCCCUUUCUCGGGGUUGAAUCCUUUGGCAUUUCGUUUUGCUUUCGUUUCCAAACAAAGGCGUUGCGGCAUUGCAGCUUUGCCUAGUUUGCCGCGGAUCUCUUCCGCAUGUCAGCUUUUCCGCUUCGAAGGGCAAGGGGCACCAUGCCCUUCAGCCAAUGCGCAUUUGCCCUCUGGCUAAGAUCAUCGAAAAAACUCCAAGGAAUCAAGGAGAA